UGAUAACAUUAAAUUUAGGAGUUUAAAGACCAUAAAAGAAUAUACUAAAGCAUCUAAAUCUUUGUCUGACUUUGCAAGUGUUAAAUACAAUGCUAGGAAGAGGAGUUUAAUAUCAAAAAACUUACUCCCAAAGCUCACUAAUAAUCCGUUCUUUGAGGAAGAGACAGAUGAUAUCAUAGCAAUUAAUGAUAUUUCAUGUGAACUAUAUUUUAAGCGUGAGGAUUCAGUUAAUGAUUUUUUCUUAGGAAAGAUCAAUAUUUCUCAAUUAUUCUAG